UCCCGGCUUCAAAAGGCCGGGUUGGGUCGUAAGGGCGAGCGCAAGCUCCGUGCGCAUGCGUGCUCCGGCCUCGUUCAGCCAAGAUGGCGCUGGUGGAGCACGUUGUUGCGGAUGCCGGUGCUUUCCUGCGGGACGCCGCUCUACAGGACAUCGGGAAGAACAUCUACACCAUCCGGGAUGUGGUCAGCGAGAUUCGGGACAAGGCCACUCGUAGGCGACUCGCUGUUCUGCCCUACGAGCUGCGUUUCAAGGAGCCCUUCCCGGAAUACGUGCGGCUGGGUGAGGACCUCUGCCUUGUGACUGAGUUUUCAAAAAAAACUGGAGACUAUCCCAGCCUCUCUGCCACAGAUAUCCAAGUACUGGCACUUACCUACCAGCUGGAAGCAGAGUUUGUUGGAGUGUCACACCUAAAACAAGAACCGGAAAAGGUUAAAGUGAGCUCAUCAAUUCAGCACCCAGAAACUCCUCUACACAUUUCUGGUUUCCAUCUGCCCUCGAAGCCUAAACUCCCACGAGAAACAGUAGAACAUGGACACCCAGCCAAUGAGCCUGAGGACCUAGAAUUCAGUUCCUUCAUGUUCUGGAGAAAUCCUUUGCCAAAUAUUGACUAUGAUCUGCAGGAGCUGAUGACUGGCAGAAGUGAGAAUGUUCCGAGUGAGGAAGACAAGGAAGAGAACAGAUUUGAAGAAAGGAAGGAUGAAGGUAGUGAUGACGAUGGGGGGUGGAUAACUCCUAGCAACAUCAAACAGAUCCAGCGGGAGUUAGAACAGUGCACCAUCCCAAAGGACGUGCGGGUCGGCUGUGUGACUACAGACUUUGCCAUGCAGAAUGUCCUGCUUCAGAUGGGGCUGCAUGUGCUGGCAGUGAAUGGUAUGCUGAUCCGUGAGGCCCGGAGCUACAUCUUGCGCUGCCAUGGCUGUUUCAAGACAACAUCUGACAUGAGCCGAGUGUUCUGUUCACAUUGUGGAAACAAGACCUUAAAGAAAGUGUCUGUGACUGUCAGCGAUGACGGAAGCCUGCACAUGCACUUCUCCCGCAACCCGAAGGUGCUGAACCCUCGGGGCCUCCGGUAUUCACUUCCUUCUCCCAAAGGGGGCAAAUACGCCAUCAACCCCCAUCUGACCGAGGACCAGCGCUUCCCACAGCUGCGACUCUCACGCAAGGCCAGGCAGAAGACUGAUGUGUUCGCUCCUGACUACGUAGCUGGGGUAUCUCCCUUUGCAGAGAAUGACAUCUCCAGCCGGUCAGCUACCCUGCAGAUCCGAGACAACACCUUGGGAGCCGGGAGGAGACGGUUAAAUCCCAAUGCUUCCAGAAGGAAAUUUGUGAAGCAAAGGUGAAAUGCAAGGUCCACAGGAACUAGGUGGCUGCCACAGCUGCUAGUGACUUAGGGUGUCUCCUUUCCCCAGCCGUGCUGGCUCCAGAGGUGUCUGCAUGGGAAGAAUACGCCCAGCUUCUGUGCGCUGCUCCGUGGCUCCUGCGGGGGUCACGUUGGGUUGGAGGUUGAACGUGUCAUGCAUCGGCCUCAGCACACCCAGGGAGCUGGGGUUCUUGCCACGAGGGGCAGAAUUUGAUAAAAACAGAACAGCACCCUGGAGCAAGUCUUUGACCUUGAAAGAAGGGAACUUCCAAGGGAUAAUAUUUUUCUAAUAAAUGUGGUUGCAAGCUUC